AUGGCCUCCCGAUCCAUGUCUCGCGAAGAGAUCGCAAGGCACAGUCGCGGUGCUAACCCCGGCUUCCACUGGGGAAUCUUCAUUCCUACGAACACCCCACUUGGCCACCUCUGGCAUGCGACAAACCGCGAAGGCGGCUGGAUGCUUGACCAAAGGCCUUCCAACAAUGUUCCGUACUCUCUGAGCCUUGUGUUAGCUCGUAAAAUCGGCGCCGUCAACGAUAGCAACUGGCAAACCUGCAAAGAUAUCUUGAACGGGGUCGCGGCUGGGCCUCAUCCUUCCCCUAACACUGGCGAGCAGUUUGAUUGCCGCAUCUGGGUCAAAGAUGCUAUCAUUGCUCUGGAGAAUAAUGGCAUAAUUGCUCUCGAUAAAGGUGUACCUGGCAUUGAAGACGACCUGCUGGUGCGUGCUAGCGACCUCAAACCCCACGUGGAGUACGGUUCUCGCCCUGCGAAGGUUGAAAACUCCGGAGACUAG